AUUUUCGAUUCUCCUUGCCUGCUCUGCACAUUGGUCACCUUAGUCGACCCUCGGCCUUGGGAUUACUACUACUAUACGGUUAUUCUGCGAGACUACUGUUCAACAUGGCGGCGAACAAAACAAACAAGCUGGCUUUCCUGUCGAUGCCAGCCCCGGCAUCUUACGUCGCUGGUCUAGGUCGAGGCGCUUCGGGCUUUACCACUCGGUCAGAUAUUGGUCCUGCCCGAGAAGGUCCAUCAGAGGAAACUAUCGCUGCUGCACGCGAGAAACGCGGUGAAGAAGAUGUCGAUCCUGAGCAGUUUCAAGAUCCCGAUAAUGAAUACGGGCUCUUUGCCGGCACCGUAUACGAGCAGGACGACGAAGAGGCCGACCGCAUAUAUGACGCUGUUGACAAGAACAUGGAUGCCCGCCGGCGCGCUCGGAGAGAGGCCCGCGAGGAGGCGGAGAUGGUUAAGUUCCGUGCGGAGAACCCGAAGAUACAACAGCAGUUUGCAGACCUCAAGCGCGGACUGUCGGCCGUCAGCGAUGCAGAGUGGGAAAGCAUACCCGAGGUGGGUAACUUGACCAGGCGGAAACGACAGAAGCAAGAGCGGACCUACGUCGUCCCCGACAGCAUUCUCGUCGGUGACCGGUCUAAGAAUGAGUAUGAAAACUCACUGGACCCAAUGCAACAAGAGACCGGAGGUCUUGCUACACCCGCCGACUCUGGCACGAUGACGAACUUCGUGGAGAUUGGGCAAGCUCGUGACAAGAUAUUGUCCUUGAAGCUGGACCAGGCAUCUGGCACGGCCACCAAUCUUACCGGCACUUCCACGUCUAUCGAUCCGAAGGGCUACCUUACUUCUCUGGAGAGCGUGGUAAUCAAGACCGAUGCUGAGAUUGGCGACAUCAAACGAGCACGCAUGCUCUUUGAGUCGCUCAUCAAGUCAAAUCCCAAGCACGCUCCAGGCUGGAUCGCUGCCGCCCGACUGGAAGAGCACGCUGGCCGGAUGGUCGCCGCACGGAAGUUGAUUAAACAAGGAUGCGAUCAAUGUCCGAAGAGCGAAGACGUCUGGCUCGAAGCAGCGCGAUUACAUAACAACGAUGAUGCCAAGGUCAUUCUUGCUAAUGCCGUGCAACAUGUCGGACAGAGCGUGAAGGUCUGGAUAGCCGCCGCCGAUCUCGAACAUGAUACAAAGCUGAAGAAGCGUGUUCUUCGGAAAGCGCUGGAACACAUCCCCAAUUCCGUGCGGUUAUGGAAGGAAACCGUCAAUCUAGAGGACUCUAUCGCCGACGCUCGUAUACUCCUAGCACGCGCCGUCGAAGUUAUCCCCCAAUCCGUCGAGCUUUGGCUUGCUCUCGCUCGUCUCGAGACGCCGGAAAAGGCCAAGGCGGUCCUCAACAAGGCUCGCAAGGCCGUGCCUACCAGCCACGACAUCUGGAUCGCCGCUGGGCGUCUCCUUGAGCAAGAAGCAAGCACAAAGCCGGAAUCGGACCGUCAGAAGGAGCUUGACCUCGUCGAUCGGACGAUCGAGGCUGGUGUACGCGAGCUUAGGCGGCACCAGGUGCUCCUCACCCGCGAGCAAUGGCUUAAGGAGGCCGAACGGUGUGAGGUCGAAGGGAGCCCAAGGACAUGUGAGGCUAUAGUGAAGGCCACCGUGGCGAUGGAAGUUGAGGAGGAAGACCGGUUGGCCACGUGGGUGGGGGAUGCAGAGAGCGCCGAGUCCAGGGGAAGAAUGGGCACCGCUCGCGCGAUUUUGGCCUAUGCUCUACGUGUGUUUCCCGACAAGAAGGACCUCUGGAUGCGGGCCGCCACCCUGGAGAAAGAACACGGCACAAAGGCGUCCUUGGACGCGAUUCUGUCCCGCGCUGUUCACCACUGUCCGCAAGCGGAAGUCCUCUGGCUGAUGUGGGCCAAGGAGAAAUGGACUAGCGAGGACGUUCCCGGCGCCCGUGGCGUGCUUGAGAGGGCGUUCAUCGCCAACCCCGAAAGCGAGCAAAUCUGGUUGGCUGCCGUCAAGCUUGAGGCCGAAAACGGCGAGUUGGGAGUCGCCCGCGAGCUCCUUGUUCGUGCGCGAACGGUCGCUAAUACUGAACGUAUUUGGAUGAAGUCGGUCGUGUUUGAACGACAGCAAGGCAACAUAGAGGCCGCCGUGGAGAUGCUGAGGACUGCGCUGGAGAAAUUCCCAAAGUUUGCAAAGCUUUAUAUGAUCCAAGGGCAACUCCACCAAGCUCAAAAGAACUAUCCCGCCGCACGCGCGUCGUAUGCGGCCGGCUUGAAGGCCUGUCCUAAAGAUGUGACGCUCUGGGUCUUGGCGAGCAGGCUGGAAGAGACAGACGGGAAGAGCAUCAAAGCUCGAGCGCUCCUCGAGAAGGCCCGACAAGUCAACCCUGCGAAUGAGGUCUCGUGGGCAGAAGCCGUCGGCGUGGAAGAGCGGUCGGGUGGCGCGACGCAGGCCAAGGCGAUGCUUGCUCGAGGUCUCCAAGAAUGCCCCUCAUCGGGCUUGCUCUGGUCCAUGUCUAUUUGGCAAGAGCCGCGACCAACCAGGAAGACUCGCUCCGUUGAUGCCUUGAAGAAGUCGGCGGACAACCCGCUCAUCAUCUGCACUGUCGCACGCCUGUUCUGGGCGGAACGCAAGAUCGAGAAGGCCCGCGAGUGGUUUGGUCGGGCGGUGAAAGUUGACCCGGACCAGGGCGACCUCUGGGGCUGGUGGCUCAAGUUUGAACGCCAGCAUGGAACGCAGGAGCACCGGGAAGAAGUCGUUAAACGAUGCGCUGUCGCAGAACCGAGGCAUGGCCCAACGUGGCAAUCGAUAGCUAAGGACGACCGCAACCGCGGCAAGACGAUCGCGCAGAUCGUGGAGCUUGUUGCUGAUGCUUUGAGAUAGUCGACCAUACUGAGGCAUGCGAGUUUGCGUUGUGCAUAUGUAUCUAUACAACGCGUAUGUGUAUGAGUAUAUAUCCGGAGAAAACCAUCCAUCUAUCGAGCGUUGCUACUAAUCAGCAUGCUACGUACAGCUGCCUAAGUCGAAAGCAUCGAAUACUUUUCACUCCCAACGCAGUUAUUGCACGUGAAGACACCGAAGGGGUCCACCUACUUUUUAAAUGCCAACAAUCGCAAACCAUCGACCAUGCCAAUUUGCUUCGCCGUUCCGGUCCUCGAGCUCGUUGUAAUAAGAGGCUGCAUAUCUCUCCGCCAGAGUACAGGAUACCGUCGACGCCUUCCAAAAUUUGCCUAAGAGUACUGUUCUGUUGCGCCGUGAGUACAGGUUGGGUAAGAUCGAAGACCGGGAAAUUGGCGUGCAGGAGCGCCUUCCGCCAGCCCGGAUGAGAAGACGUUUGCUUGGAGUCAGGGUCGAG